CAGUGAUCCCGGACACUCUGACGGUGAUGGCCACUGCUCAGACUCUCUCGAAAGUGGAGGGGGACACGCUACAGCUGAGCUGUGAGGUCACACGCCAGACGUCCCAGCACACUCACGUUUCUGUGGGGUGGUACCUGCGACCCUCUGAUGACCCCAGUUCUGGUCCACGUGACCUGGUCACCUUGUCACGGGACUUUGUUCUACGACCGGGUGGACAGUACCGCCAACGUCUGUCUUCAGGAGAUCUGCGUCUGGACAAGACCAGCCCCACUUCCUACCGUCUCACCAUCUACAAACUGCAGCCCCCAGACCAGGGAGAGUUCUAUUGCGAGACUUCGGAAUGGAUCCAGGACCCGGAUCGCUCCUGGUACGCAAUGACCCGGAAAGAGUCGGAGAAGACGUCUGUCAAAGUUCAGCCCACAGAUCGGGACUUUAGUAUCCAGGUGACCACUGAGCGCCGGGCCUACACGGCUGGUGAGCCGCUGGAGCUCCGCUGCACCAUUGAUGCUCAGAAUGUUCCAGAGCGCUUCUUCUCGGUGUCGUGGGUCUUCAGCAGCUCACCCGUAGCCGUGAUUGGGCCCAGCGCCGUGCCCGUACUGGGACCCAACUACAUGGAGCGGGAAGCCACCGGCCUUCUGACCGUGCGCAAAGAGAGCCCUUCCGUCCACCUGCUCAAGUUGCAGCGUCUACUGCCAGAGGACUCUGGGAAAUACAUCUGCAGAGUGACGGAACGGGAGAAGACCCUCACUGGAGAUUUCAUCGACCGCAGCAAGCGGUCCCGUAAUGUUCAGAUCAGUGUAACACCUCUCAGAAGUAACAUCACUGUGUCAUUAUCCAGUAACACGUCAGAGAUAAUGGAGGGGGAGACCGUCCAGUUGACCUGCGUUGUUAGCAGCACUGUGGGUCCCCUGUCAGUGUCGUGGCAGUGGACAGAUAAGGAGGGGGCGGGUCCCGCUGUGAAUGUGGCUUCAGUGGAUCGUGAGGGCACGGUCACUCCUGGGCCCACCUUUAGGGAGCGCAGCAGCUUUGGAGAGAUCCGGGUGGAGCGGGUUCGACCCGACACAUUUACCCUGUUUCUGUAUAAUGCCUUCCCCACAGACGAGGGCCAGUACAGAUGCAGCGCCACCGAGUGGUCCCAAAGCGGUACUGCACCUGACUGGAUUUGGCAGCAGAUUGGAGACGAAUCCGCCACCAAGACUGUCACUGUAAAAUCAGUUGAAUCUUUCUUCUUCGUGUCAGCCUCCUCCCGUACGCCCAGCGUGACGUUUGGCGACUCGUUUGACCUGCAGUGCAUCGUGAAGCCACGGCACAAUCCCAACGUUCCUGCUGCGGUCACAUGGCGCUUCCAGCCAGCAGAGGGCGACGGAGAGUUCCGAGAUUUGGUGACGUUCACGCGGGACGGCACUCUGCAGUGGGGCGACCAGCUGCUGGGCCUGGGCACCCGUACCAUGGUGGAUCGUACGCCUACGAACACCAACUUCCGCCUCAGCAUCACCCGAGCUGGACGCAAGGAGGCCGGGACGUACCAGUGUGCUGCCCUGCUUUAUCGGAGGAAUUACGAUGGCACCUGGAGCACGGUGGCCAACCGCACCUCAAACCCACUGGGCAUCAGUGUACUGCAGCCUGGUGAGUCUAAAAACGGCUACCGUCGCAGGAAAGGUGCAUGUAGGCUACCUGACUGCUUGACUGAGGGCAAGAACCAACUGUGACUGUUUUGAUGGCACUAAAUUGCAGAUAAGUUUCACUGACACCCGUUAAAGUUUGGGUUUGUAAUGUUUGCUCAUGGCUGAAUGCUGGAGUCACUCGCCAGCCUCGAAAAAUUAGCAUAAUUAAGACAACUCGCACUUUACUGUCACUACAGAAAUAAAGA